ACCAUCUCUUCUUCUUCUUCCUCUUCUCUCAGUGAACAAAUUUGGCUAUGGCUUUUUCUGCACCAUCACUUUCCAAAUUCUCUCUUUUGGUUGCCAUUUCAGCAUCAGCUCUCCUCUGUUGUGCUUUUGCCCGUGAUUUCUCCAUUGUUGGAUACACGCCGGAGCAUUUGACAAACACUGACAAGCUUCUAGAGCUCUUCGAGUCAUGGAUGUCAGAACACAGCAAGGCUUACAAAAGCGUGGAGGAGAAGGUGCACAGGUUUGAGGUUUUCAGAGAGAAUCUGAUGCAUAUAGACCAGAGGAACAAUGAGAUCAACAGUUACUGGCUCGGUUUGAACGAGUUUGCGGAUUUGACCCAUGAAGAGUUCAAAGGAAGAUAUCUAGGACUUGCAAAGCCACAAUUCUCUAGAAAGAGACAGCCCUCAGCUAACUUCAGGUACAGAGAUAUCACGGACUUGCCUAAAUCCGUAGACUGGAGAAAGAAAGGCGCUGUGGCUCCUGUCAAGGACCAGGGUCAAUGUGGUAGCUGUUGGGCAUUUUCAACAGUUGCAGCUGUCGAGGGGAUCAACCAGAUCACAACAGGGAAUCUGAGUUCGCUUUCAGAGCAAGAACUCAUAGACUGUGACACAACUUUCAACAGUGGCUGCAAUGGAGGUCUCAUGGACUACGCAUUCCAGUACAUAAUUUCGACCGGUGGUCUCCACAAAGAAGAUGAUUACCCUUAUCUCAUGGAGGAAGGAAUUUGUCAAGAGCAGAAAGAGGAUGUGGAACGUGUGACAAUCAGCGGCUACGAAGAUGUCCCUGAAAAUGAUGACGAAAGCCUGGUGAAGGCUUUAGCUCAUCAGCCAGUCAGUGUGGCUAUUGAGGCUUCAGGAAGAGACUUCCAGUUCUACAAAGGGGUAUAUAACAGAUGAUUAUGAUAUCGAAAUUGUGUUCUAUGUAUCCAAUCUUUCAUUCUCUCAAAAACCGAUUUGGAGAUUUUUGUUUGUUUACAGGGAGUGUUUAAUGGUAAAUGUGGAACAGACCUAGACCACGGUGUGGCAGCGGUUGGAUAUGGUUCAUCAAAGGGAUCUGACUAUGUUAUUGUCAAGAACUCAUGGGGACCAAGAUGGGGAGAGAAAGGGUUUAUUAGGAUGAAGAGAAACACUGGUAAACCAGAGGGACUCUGUGGAAUCAACAAGAUGGCCUCAUAUCCUACCAAGACCAAGUGAUAGAUAUACCUUUGUUCCUGCAUCCUACCUUUUUUUCUUUCUUUCAAUGCAUUUCUAUUGCACAUUAUAUUGUAUUGAUGAAUGUGAGAUUUUAAAAUAACAUGGUAAGAGUUCUCUUACCAUUUUUCU